GGUCGAAGUGUAUUUUAUUCUGAAAAUCCUACCGGACUUCCCCUGUAGCGGAACACAGAACUGAACAUUAAAGUGUACCUCUCUGUUUUCGCGUUACGGUAGUCAGUCAGUAAACGGAGUGAUAGCGAUAAGGAGUAAUGAAUAGGAAUGAAUGAAUGAAGGCAGAUAAGAUAACCUGAAUGUCCGCGGACACAGCCACCGAUGGGAGACAAGGACGCAGGACUAUAAGGCGUUGGUACUAGUGCUCCUUGACUCAAAGAGGCAGCAGAACAGAAGGAUGAGCUCAGUGCAGAGACAGCUGAGUCAGCUGCUGGGAGCAUGGAGGUGGAAGAGGAGGGCGGAGUAUUCUCUCUACUCCGCCACUGGAAUUCACUGCAGGAGCUUCUGCUCCCCCCCUUCAGGACCAGAAGAAGCCAUAGAGAUCCACAAGAAGAAGCUCUUCCUGUGGUUCAGCCACCUUCCUCAGGAGGAGAAACAGUUUGGAGGCUACUUCAGCCCGGAGACCAUGCAUGUGGACCCGCUGAUCCUGGAAAGAAAUGCAGAGGAGAGGGCAGGACUGCUCACUUCCCCUCUCCAAACCCAGACCCCCUCCAGCGGCCAUGUGACCGUGGAGCAGCUGUUUGAAACCACCGAUGCCUGGAGUGAGGACCGGGGCCUCAACGUGCUGCUGUACGGGGCUGUGGGGACCGGGAAAAGUACCGUGGUGCGAAAGCUGGUGCUGGAUUGGUGCGCUGGUGCCACCCUGACUCACUUCAAGCUGCUGGUUCCUUUCUCUUGUGAGGACCUGGGCCAACUGUCAAAGGCGGUCUCCUUGAGGGACCUUGUGGGCAGGAAGUACCUCCACCUAAAAAAACACCCCCUGCUGGGCGGGGAGGGGAACCAGGCCAGGGAUGUACUCUUCCUCUUCAAUGGGAUGGAGAAGAUGAAACUGGACUUCCGGAUUGGAGCCACGGAGCUUUGCAGUGACCCCAAUGAGGUGCUGCCUCCAGGUGUAGUGGUGGUCAACCUGCUGAGGAAGUACCUCCUGCCUGAGGCCAGCGUCUUGGUUACCACCAGACUUUCUGCUCUGGACCGUAUCCCUCAGAAGUACGUGACUCGCUAUGCCCAGAUUUGUGGCUUCAAUGAUCCGGACCGCCAGCGAGCUUACUUCACCAGCCGCCUGAUGCAGCAGACUGGAGAAACUGCACAUAACAAUGAGGCCCAUGGUCUGAUAGAGCUACUCUACCUCAACCUUCAGAGAGAGAGCCAGCUGGCUGCAGCCUGCUUCCUCCCGUCCUACUGCUGGCUCACAUGUGCCACCUUACACUUCCUCCAUUUCACAGACGCCAAGGCACCCAUCCGCACACUGACCGGCAUCUACACCAGUUUCCUCAGACUCAACUUUGGAGGGGAGGUGCUUGGCACAGGGACAGGGACAAAUGCGGCCAUUCAGGAGCAGCACAAUUCUCUGAUGUUGUAUGUAGUCCGUACAGUCGGGAAACUUGCGUUUGACGGCGUGACGAACAAACGCACGUCAUUCUCAGAAGAGGAACUGGAGCAGUGGAUAGGAGGGAAGACCAAGACGGAUGAGGAGCUGCGUCAGCUGGCCAUGUUCCGGACUGAUGUGCUCGACUUCUUCUUGGCUCCCUGUGUAGAAAGCUUCAAGCAUUCACCAGAAGACCCCAGUAAGAUUGAUCAGAAGCGGUAUGUUUUUGCUGUCCCGGCCAUGCAGGAGUACCUGGCAGCUCUCUACGUUGUUCUAGGAGAGAACAAAUCUGCUCUGGAGAAGAUGACCAAGCAGGUGUCUGUGGCCAUUGGUCAAGCCAGUGAGGACGUCAGUGCCAUCUUUAACAUCCUCUCUAAGUUCAUUCCCCUCCGGAUAUUCACUGUUUUCAACCUCCUUAAGCUUUUUCCAAAGCUCUACGAGAAGAUCAGCAUUAAAAACCAAGGCAGUAUCGCCAGAACCAUGGCUGCCGAGAUGUUCCGCACCGAGGAUCGCCACAACGAGGACGUACUGGAUCAGGUGGAGCAAAGCCUCCUGGGAGUCCAUGGCCCAGAGCCCCAGCAGAUCAGUGAGGCCCAGCCUUUUGAGCUCUACCCUAUCUUCAUGGGGGGGCUGUUGCAUUACGGUAACCGUGUCCUUCUCCAGCAACUCGGCUGCAGCAUUCAGAGCACCACUGUGGUCCAGAUCACUCAUGCCCUCAGGAAGUACCUUGUCAGAGUUUUGUCUUAUUUAAUACUAGAGCUGAGCCAGCCUCAGCCCCCAGAAGAGCUGAUGGAUCUGCUGCUCCUCCUCUAUGAGUUCCAGAACCCCAGACUGACCGCAGAGGUUUUGGCCUCGAUCAGAAGCAUCCGCCUCACCAACGUCCGUAUGACCUCACUCAAGUGCUUUGUCCUGAGCUCUGUGCUGUCGUGCACUCCUGCCAGUUAUCACCUUGAAGAGCUGGACCUGUCCUCCUGCCUGCUGACUCAGGACAGGCUUCCGAUGCUGUGGCCUGCCUUCAGACACACAUUCAAACUCAAUUUGCAAUUUAACAGCCUGGGUCCUGAGUCCUGCAUCCUCCUCAGGGAUCUGCUUCUAGACCCCGAGAGCUGUAUUAGAUCCCUACAACUGUGUGACAACACUCUGCUGGAGUCUGGAGCCAGCACUCUGCUGGAGGCCUUCCCAGAGAACCAGUCCCUGACGCACCUGUCCCUGAUGCACACCGGGCUGGGGGACCGGGGGGCCCAAGAGCUGGCUGAGAGGCUCCAGCAGCACAAGGGCCUCCAGGAGCUCAACGUGGCCUACAACAACAUCGGAGACAGGACUGCCAUGACUCUGGUGGACGCCUGCAGGGAGCACCCCAGCAUCCACACUGUGCACUUGUACCUGAACCCUCUCACUGACGUGGGGAAGCAGUCACUGUAUGUCCGAGGAGAUCCCAAGAGCCAAAGCGGCCGGAGGGUGAAGGUCCUGGCUUCAGUCACCGAGGGCUCAGACCUCUCCGAGGACUGGCACCCCAUUCUCAGCGUGAUCCAGAAGAACAUCUCCUCCUGGGACCGCCAACGAGUCAAGGAGCAGCUGAAGGUGUUCCUCAGGGACCUGGAGUGGGGCCGUCAGCAGCAGCAGAGUUUCUGGAAGAGGCUGCACUUCCGCAGGGUGGAGAAGGGCAUCCGGCAGACUCUACGGAUGCUGGAGAAGGACACUAUACCUCCAUCCUCAGGAAAAAGCAAAUGGGCCAUCAACACCAGGAGGUGAAACGGGCUACAUCUUCAUAACUGUAAAGAGCUGACUGCAUUCAACAGUUUACCAAGCAUCUCAAAGAGACUUUUUUUUAUCAUUUUGUCAGAGAUGUUUUAAUCCUAACAGAGAAUGCAGUCAGGACACUCACAGCGAGCUUUUUACCAAUAAUUGCAGCAAAAUGCAUUUUGGCGGUGUAAUGCUUUUGUAAUGCUAUGGAACAAAAAUGAGCUGACUAUUCAGGUGCAUUUAAUGAACACGAACACAUAUGAUAGACUUUCUGAUGUACAUACAACUACAUGAUAACACAAGAGGAGGUUGGGGAGGCGGAUAGAGUUACAUCUAUUUGGUUUUUAAAGGUCCCCUAUUAUACUCUUUUUCAACAAUAUUGGUCUCAGAUAUACACAGAACAUGUCUCUGAAG